AUGGUUUGUACAGAUAUCAGAGAUUCUGUGAAAAGUAAAAAUCAUCGGCCAGCUACAUUGGACAGCGAUAAGAAAAAAACAAGUAAAUCAAAAUCAGGGAAGGAUACUUAUUCUGAGUCUGAUAGUUAUGAAUCUAGACGACAGGGAAAAGACAAGAAAUCUUCCCAGGAGAAGAGGAAAAAGAGAAGAAGACACCACACAUCUGAGUCAGAUACCUCAUCUGAUACGGAGACUGAAACAUCAGAGUCUAACAGUGAUUCUGAUUCAUAUUCUUCGUCAUCAUCUUCCCUUAGUUCUUCAAGUGAAGACAGACGCAAGAGGAGAAAGAAGGAAAAAUGUCAGACGCCGUGA